AUGAUUUUUUUCAGAUUAUUUCCAGAAGAGUCCAACAAAUUUUCGGAAACAAAAUUUCAAGACUUGUCAAACUUAACAAGUGGAUUCAUUUGGGAGGAAAAUCAAGAUAAAUGGAUUCUGACAACCGGUGACAAACAAUAUGAAUCCAAUUACUCACACAUGCCGGCAAAGUUGAAAAAAAAGAGCAAAGUGAAAUAUUUUGUGAUGGAGAGAGCUGGAGAUCUAGAAGCAUCCAAUAUGACCAACAUUGAGAAGUAUAAGAAAGCUUACAACAUAGAAAAUCUCGCAAUUCGUUGCUUCAAAGCGACAAACAUGAACGACCCAAACGUCUAUAUACUACUCGAAGAUAUGAUUGAUGUAAUUGAAAGUCUUUCUGACGGGACGGAGAACAACAUCCUACGUAUUUUUAAACCCAUGUUGAAAGUACAAGGAGAGCAUUUUUAUGAAGCAAACCAAUCCAUUCAGCUCAGCAUGUUCUUUGAACAGCUUGUUUUAGAUAAGACUCAAGUUACUAUCAUUCCUGAUGCUUAUCAAAAUCUAAGCAUGCAAAAAACACGCAAAGAGUUCUUCACCCCAAUCACAACUGUCAAUUCAUAUGGAACAGUUGUCAUGGACACAUCUCAAGCAAUGCUAUAUACACUUCUCAAAAUAGUCAUUGGUAUCGACUGGAUAAAAGCGGAACAAAAAAUUGGUACAGAUUCAAUGAAUGAAUUUAAGAAGAAGUUUUUUGCAUUAAUGGAGACUUAUGAAAACAGAGCGAGAAUAACUUUCGUCUCAAAGCAUCAUGUCGAUCAACAAAUCGAAAUCAUUCGACAGGAUCUAGUAUUCAAACAACUUGUAAGAAAAAUCCCGGAGUGCUUCAAGGAUGGUCAAAAUAUGAACAAUGAAAUAACUCUGGCAACUAAUAAUGCGAAUCUCGCUCGUUACAGUCUGCCAAUAUAUGCCGCCCGAAUUAAAAUUUUCAAGCUAUCGAUGCAAUGGUAUUCUUAUAUAUUCAGUUGGAUCAAUAGUUUUUACUUACACGAAAAACUAAGUCAAAAAGUGAUUUUGAUGCAAGCAAUGUAUUGCAAACUGUCUUUAUGCGGAGCAAGUCCGAUUGAUGAGCAAUUGGAAAAGGAUGUCGAGUAUUGGACGGAACAGACUACGGUUUUCUAUAGAGAGGCGAUGGCAGGAGUUGCCAAUGGAAAACCAAAUGUUCUCGUACAGAAUUACGAGACUGAACUGAAAAAGAGAAGAAAGGAAGCGUCAAAAACUUUGCAUCUGCUAAACGGUAACACGUCAGUACUUGGGAACGUUCAGCUUACUUCAAUUGUGCAGAAUGCUCAGCAGAAAGCUCUAGAAGUUCUAAAGGUCAAGCCUUUUCUGGAGACUUCUGAAGCCCCGCCUCCAGGAUCGGGACUAUCCUCCGAUACUUCUUAUUCCACAUCAAAGCUCGACACCUCCGCAGAGAAAUUUGAACCUUCCGAGAAACUUGUUAGUCCUACAGUAGCCGCUAAAACUCCAAAAGCUCCACCCCUUCCUGAGAAGAAACAAAAUGAAGCCGCUCCCAUUGAACGAACGAAGAAGCCGGCUAGCCUUACUGUAGCCCUGAAAACUCCUGAAGCUCCGCCCCUUUCCUCGAAUGAAGUCGUUCCUAUCGAACGUCCCAACGAUGCUAAGUAUUGGAGGGAAAAAUGCUUUACAGCUGGAGAACACUGCUCUAAUGCUCUAAAAGCUCAAAAAUCUGCAGAGAGGAAAGCGAAGGAGUAUGAAACAAAGGCGAAGAGGACGGAAGAAGUGGAGAAGGAGAUGAAAAAGAUGAAAAAGGAGAUGGAGAAGCUGAAGGAGAAAAACGAGAAGAUGGAGAAGGAAUUGGAAGAAGCAAAUGAAACAAUUCAGAAGAAGAAGGAGAAGGAGUUAAAGUUACGGGAGGAGUUGAAGAGUGAGAAGAAGUCGUCGGAAGUGGAAAAACAAACCUUCGAAGCCACGAAUAAGUUUCUUGAAGAUCAAAUUCAGGAUUUGAAGGACGCGAUGGCCCUUUCAGAGCAAACCAGGAAAGAGGCUGAAAGAAAGCUUCAAGAACUUCAAAUCAGUCAACCAUCGACUUCAAAACAACCUAGCUACAAGUCAAAGCUAGAAGAAUUAAUUAAUUUGAAAGAUGAAUUUGCAAAAAGACUACUCAAAACCCAAGCCAAAAAAAUGUCUGACGUCUUGACCGCUGAAUCGGAUGACCCUGCAAUUAAGGAGAUGGUUGAGAAAGAAACGGGUAUAUUUAGGAAGUCCUAUGACGAAUAUCUCCACAUCUUGCUUAGAAAUAUUUGGAAUUUGAAGAAAUUCCUGGGCACCCGACCGCUCAUCCCCCUCCCAGCAGAGCCCGCCAUCCCUGAAAAACUAUGGGACGCGUACCGAGCUCACACCGACCCUCACAAACCACUAAUAGGCAAAAAUGAAUGUCAUUUUUGCUAUGACCGUAUCGAGCCAUCCGAAAGAACUGCUCAUUGCGGACAUGAGAAAUGCGAAGCAGUUUUGCAUUUUGAGUGCGCCUGUAAUUGGUACACCACUGGUACGAAGAGUGUUGAGUGUAUGUAUUGCAAAGAGCCGUUUUUGGAUAUCAAGGCGGUGAAACGGGGACCGUGGCGGUGCUGA